UGAAGUAGUUGGCUACCUUUACCAGCAGACUUUAACUAUAUUAAGCCUCCGUCCACCUCCAUCACUCCCCCUUCUUCCUCUCCUCUUCCCUCUCCACCGUAUCCUCUCUUCUUGUCUGACUUUACUCCAGGCCUGCCUUCCUUCUUCCAAGAAGACCUAAGCUACACCUUCACGUCGGCGUUCCUUAUCCACAGGAAACAGGCUUCCUUCCAGGCAUCCCGGAUACCCGUGUAGGUGAACAAACAUCUUUACUGGGUGCAGUCAUCCUUCACAUUACCAUCUAUUGGCCACCGGUUCUUCUACUAUUACUCUCAUUGCACCCCACCGAGAAAUCUGUUCUUGAUCAUCAUUAUCUUCACUAUGGACACCUCCCACCUUAACCGAUCUCAAAUUCGCGCCCAGCAUAUCUCGGAGGACCUCCAGAAUUUCCACGUAGACCACUUGAAUACCUUUAUCGAAGGAGUAUCUGAUCCUGAACCUCCAAAAUAUCAAUACGUCAAGGGAGAAAUCCAACCACCUCUUGCUGAAGUCUCAAUCAAGGAAGAGGGAAUGAUAUAUGAUUUCGGCAAUGUUUUCUUUGAGAAAGAUCACACGAUCCGCCGUGUCAAGGCUAAUGUGGAGAAUGGUAAAGCCCACAUACAGCAGUCCGAGCAAUUGCCAAGAGACGACAAUAACUCCUUGACCAUUCCAGUUGCCCAAUUCGUGGUGAGCAACCUCUAUAAGGUAUGGAAAGCGAAACAUCAGGAGAUUGCGAUGCGGAAAGACAACAUCAACGCUGUGCGCGCCUACGCCCAUAGUCUGCUCAAGCAACCGGUACCUUCGAACCUGUACUCAGAAUAUGGAGAUUUCGAUGAUCAUGGAACGAACGGUCUAAGUGGUCGCAAACGGAAGGAUGGCGAGCCUAUUCCCCGACAUCCAUCCAACAAACGCAUGAAAGUCAGUCUUGAUUUAAUCCCCGCUUCGGCAAAGAGUGAGAUCUUCGACCGGAUUCCUAAAGAUUUCAAGACUCAGUUCUUUAAUAUUAUAGUGAAAACGGCGUUCCCUAACUUCGAGGAUGUAAUGAUGGCGGCCUGGAAUGCUGUGUCGGUGUACGAGCACAUUGGCACCAACUUUCCCGACCUUCACAAGGCGAUGACCGAACUGAAGUCCGUCUUCCACGAAUUUGAAAAGAGCUACGGGAAAACGGCAUUCAAGACUGAGUCCCAGCAGAAUAAGACACUGGCGCAGAACGGGUCUGCUGUCAAUGGGAGCAAGGAGGCGUCUGAGUCGCGUUCGAAUGGGUCUACAUCGGAGGAACAUCGCCGACUUUUCGUGUCAGAGGAGCCCAGUGGACAUCAGGAGAGAUCGUGUAAGGAUGCUGAAAACGCUAAACAGGGAUUGGAUUUCCAGGGGCAGCCUCAGGAAACUUCCAAAUCAAACGUUUCUCGCGAAAGAAACCAGAUUCCUCAAAGUGUUCUCGAUACCGUUCGGUCUGCAAUCACUCAGCACCACGAAGCCAACAAGAAUGUCGAGGCAGCCGCUGAGAAAAGCCUGUCUAAAUCACCACAUAGUCUCUUCAAGCCAGAUGGCCCUCGUCUUCCCGGUAUGGAUCCUCGUGACACCCUCUCCAACGGUCGAUAUCCGGUGUCGGUAGAACGCAAAGCGAACAAGAGCCAGGAUGUGACAACUCGUAGUCAUGGGCUAGCUAUAACCUUCGGUGAUACUAUUCUACCAAACACACCAGUAGCACCGACAGCACCUCGACGUGGCCAGGAGAAGGACAGUACUUAUGGACAGCAGCGUAAUGCUCGGGCUCAAGCAGGCCCGUCACAGUUAGGCGUCCUGCCCCUGACCUCGCACAAGAAGAAUACGGAAAACAGUGGCGGAUCAGGGAACCUAGCCUCCUUGAGCCGGAUCGUAAAUGGAAAUGGCACGGGAGUAGCACCGACAGCACCCAUGUCUCACACUUCAAAGGAUGGGCACAAUGGCGGAACGAUGAGGCAGGGUUAG